UGUACAUUAGUGAUAUUUUUAAUUAAAUAAUUCCACUUUUAUAAAAAUUUAAUUAAGCCAACAAGAUAGCACGUGCACUUGUAGAACACUUAAAAUAAAACUACAGUACUUUAUCUAUUAUAUUAAUAAUUUUUUGGUCCAACUAUAUAAAAACAAGUCAUUGUAUAAAAUUAAAUUGUUGACAACAAAAGCGUUAGAUAGAUUCGCAACAAAAUGAUGAAAUCAAAAAUCACUGUGAUAGGUAUUGUGUUAAUACUUUUUUUAAUAUUUAGGAAGGUUCAUUCUGAUCUUGAAACAGAAGCGUUUUUGGAAAACGAUAAUUUAGUGGUUACUUUGGCUAAUCCUAUUGGAAAAAUUCGUGGAGACAUCCUUCAAAGUCAAAACAGAAAUGAUAUUUAUGGUUUUCAAGAUGUUCCUUAUGCGCAGCCACCUAUUGGCCAGAGCCGGUUUAAAUUUGAUGCCAAAUUGAGGGAGCAUGGAUUAAGAUGGUAA